UAGGAACCCCCCAUGUAGCGAGGCGCGGAGGCCGGCUCUUGGAACUCAAGAUGGCGGACGAGAGUGAGACAGCAGUGAAGUCGCCGGCCCCUCCGCGGCCGCAGAUGAUGGAAGGGAACGGAAACGGCCAUGAGCACUGCAGCGACUGCGAGAACGAGGAGGACAACAGCUGCAACCGGGGUGGUUUGAGUCCAGCCAAUGACACUGGCGCCAAAAAGAAGAAAAAGAAACAAAAAAAGAAGAAAGAGAAAGGCAGCGAGACAGAUUCAGCCCAGGAUCAGCCUGUGAAGAUGAACUCUUUGCCAGCAGAGAGGAUCCAGGAAAUACAGAAGGCCAUUGAACUGUUUUCUGUGGGCCAGGGACCUGCCAAAACAUUGGAGGAGGCCAGCAAAAGAAGCUACCAGUUCUGGGACACGCAGCCUGUCCCCAAACUGGGAGAAGUAGUAAACACCCAUGGUCCCGUGGAGCCUGACAAAGACAACAUCCGCCAGGAGCCCUACACCCUGCCCCAGGGCUUCACCUGGGAUGCCUUGGACCUGGGGGACCGUGGUGUGCUGAAAGAAUUAUACACCCUCCUGAAUGAGAAUUACGUGGAAGAUGAUGACAACAUGUUCCGAUUUGAUUAUUCCCCGGAAUUUCUCUUAUGGGCUCUCCGGCCGCCUGGCUGGCUCCCCCAAUGGCACUGUGGGGUUCGAGUGGUCUCAAGUCGAAAACUGGUUGGGUUCAUCAGCGCCAUCCCAGCAAACAUCCACAUCUAUGACACAGAGAAGAAGAUGGUGGAGAUCAACUUCCUGUGUGUCCACAAGAAGCUGCGUUCCAAGAGGGUGGCUCCUGUCCUGAUCCGGGAGAUAACCCGGCGGGUUCACCUGGAGGGCAUUUUCCAAGCUGUUUACACUGCUGGGGUGGUAUUACCAAAGCCUGUCGGCACCUGCAGGUACUGGCAUCGGUCCCUAAACCCACGGAAGCUGAUUGAAGUCAAGUUCUCCCACCUGAGCAGAAACAUGACCAUGCAGCGAACCAUGAAGCUCUACCGACUGCCAGAGUCUCCCAAAACAGCUGGACUGCGACCAAUGGAAAAAAAGGACAUUCCAGUAGUUCACCAGCUUCUCACCAGGUACCUGAAGCAGUUCCACCUCACGCCAGUCAUGAGCCAGGAGGAGGUGGAACACUGGUUCUACCCCCAGGAGAAUAUCAUUGACACUUUUGUGGUGGAGAAUGCAAAUGGUGAGGUGACAGAUUUCCUGAGCUUUUAUACGCUUCCCUCCACCAUCAUGAACCAUCCAACCCACAAGAGUCUAAAGGCUGCUUAUUCUUUCUACAACGUUCACACCCAGACCCCUCUUCUAGACCUCAUGAGUGACGCCCUUGUUCUCGCCAAAACGAAAGGGUUUGAUGUGUUCAAUGCACUGGAUCUCAUGGAGAACAAAACCUUCUUGGAGAAGCUAAAGUUUGGCAUAGGGGACGGCAACCUGCAGUAUUAUCUUUACAAUUGGAAGUGCCCCAGCAUGGGGGCAGAGAAGGUUGGGCUGGUGUUACAGUAACCAGUUGUCAGUGAGAUUCUGGAUAAAGCCACUGAGAAUUCAAACCAGGAAAUGGAAUCCCACCACUUGUUGGUCCAAUUUUCACAAACGUGAGAAUCCCUGGCAAAGGGAACAGAAGUGAACCGGCUUAACCAAACCGCCACUGAACUUGACAAUUGUUUUGCGAUGGCGUAGGCUGCGUGAUGUCACCUCUGGCCGUGUCUCUGGUCUCCCUGUUUUCCAGUUAAUCACAUCCUUAUGCAGCCACGAUCAAGGGAAUGUAACUGCUGAAAACUAGCUCGUGAUUGGCAUAUUAUGGAGUUAACGGGUGAAUAAUAAAAGUAUAUAUUAUAUAUAUAUAAAUAUUUUAAAUAUCUUUCAUGUUCCAAAUGUACAAGGAUGUUCGGUCUCUAAUGAAAAGCUGAAUUCAGAUCAUUCCUGAAAAUUAGAAUCAAGGACAGUGCCAGACGUACACAUUGCUACAGUGAAUUGUUCUCUUCUGAAAGCAGGUAUUGGCUUUUCUUGGGGGAGCGGGAGAAAGAGGAUGUGGGCAGUUCUGUCCAGUUCCCCUUCUGAAUUGGCUGGAAUGAUUGGCUUUGAGAAGGCAGAGUAAGGUGGGGGGACUGUGCCAAGCUGUGGGGAGGGCCUGGAUCUCACAGACUGCAGGUGGAGUCCUAGGUGGAGCCAGUCCUACUCAGAGGCUUUCCUGCAGGCCCGAGCCUUUUCUGCAUUCAGAAACAGGGCCGUGGUGGUGAUCUGUGGAAGCAGAUUUCAUUAAAUGAGUCCCUUCUCCCAUCCGCUUGGCCUGCUCCCUGUUGGAAGUCAUCCUGCCAACUCUUUAGCCAGCUGUUGCCAAUCUUAUAGGCGUGAGUGCCCCAUGAGAUUGUUUUUCCAUUUCCAGGGGUGACUGGCAGUUUGAAGGGGACCUUUGACCUCCUUGUAGCAUUUGGGACUUUGUGGAGACCAUGUCAGUGCAAGGCCUGGUUAGCUCAUCUUAGAGCAAAGAGCCAGCACCCUCACGCCCCCGGGGUGGCUGGGCAAGGACGGUGUGGGUUCCCAGGCCCCUGGCCUGUGCCUUCCAACCCAUUGGCCAUCUCUUGUGCUCCUUUCCAAGACAGCCUGCGAGGAAUGGCAAGGAGCGGUGGUUAGACGCCAAUCUGAACUUAACAGACAUGAUUUCAUGUUGCCAUUGUCUGCGUGUGAUUUUCACUGAUGAUGUUCGGUGGAUUUUUGUGGUGGUGGUGGUGGUGAUGGUUAUGAUGCUGCCCGUUUCCCCACAGUAGUGGGACCUCCGGUCACGUGGCGGCUGUGUAGGCAUUCCUAUUCCUCACGUGUGCUCAGCCAACUGACUUAGGGAGGAUUUGGCUGGAAUAGUCAGCAACCCACAUCCAGGUUUGUAUGUGACUUUUGCUCUAGGAGAAAGGAAGUGGGUGGAUAAUGUGGUGUGACUGCUUCCUGGCUGCUUUCACCUCUCAGCUACUUGUAGGGGGAAGGAAGUCUUAGCCAGGAGGCCAGACUCAGUCUGAUCUUACCGGCUGCAGCCAUGCCCUGCAGGCUAGCAGAGCUGUUGGAGGCUGUGGAUUUGGGUGAGGUUGGCCAGAGGUUCAUUCUGCUGUCCCUGAAGCUGGAAGACAUCGUGUGCUUGGGAUCGGGGCUGUGCCACCUGCUGGAAUGUUGCCUGCUCUUGGUAGACUGGAUUGGGUUUGCAUCAGGCCUCUAGGGGCCUCCCUUCUCCUGUUGUCCCUGCUCUGCAACCUGCAGGCACCAGGGACCAUGGCUGACCUUUGACUCCUUGACUCCGCAAGAUACCCAGACCAAAGAAGCUGCUGUUCUUAGCAAGGUGUUCCCUGCAUUCCACAGACAAGGGGUCAGAGAGGUGGAGGCUUGCCUUACAGCUUCUGAGACAUCAGACACAAGGCCCUGAGCCCCAGAGCAGCUCGCCCAGUACAGGCUCCUAAGGAUAUCAAAGAACACAGUGCCCAGCUCUUUCCUACCUGGGCAGGACUGAAACCUGGAGACGCUGUCUGUCUGGGCCAAGUCCCAGCCUGACUGCCUCUGGAAUGUGGGUGCACAACAGCCCCUGGAGUUUGCCUGGGUUGACCCAGGUCAUGGAAGGGAAACUGAGGCCUGUGGCUGCUCUGGAAGAAACAGAUCUCCUGGAAAGGCCCGUGUCUCCCUCCAAAACCACGUGGCCCCUCCGUGGACUCCAGUCGUUCAUGUGGGGACCCUGCCCGCCCUCAGCACCACCGCCAGGGCUUCGGGAGGUGGCUCAGUGGCUGCUGCUGGCUUCCUUUUUGUCCAAACGGUCCCUGGGUUCUUCACUCCACCCCUUCCAGGACUUCAGGUCAGAGAGGACCACUGUUUGGGAUUCAAGGCCUCUCACAAGGAGCUUUGCAGGAUGGUGGAGCCAUGGCUGGAUAGAACCAAACAAGGGAAGGACCUGGGACCUGCCUCCGGGAGCUGCUACUGGAGAGCCUCUGGGCAUGGCCCUCAUACUCUGCCGCCUCCACUCCUUGCUGACACUGGGCUUUUGGACACUCGUGUUUCUCUAUGUUUAUCUCCUGCCUUUGGAUUGACUCUGCAUUUGAUCCCUGACUCCCUGGCAAAUCCCUGUGGCCUCCCUGUCUGUGUAGGGAGAGAGCUGGAUAGAAAAAGAAGCCUUGGUUCUGGAUUGAGGUCUGUAAGGGCUUGUUACCCCGCACAUGCCUGCAUGCAAAGACGCUAAUGUCUGGUUUGAAGGCCAGCCCACACUGAGCCACUUCAACACCUAGGUUUAUGGAAAAGGUCGGGCCUUUUCUGCACCUCCUUCUGCCAGCCCCCCUACUUGCUGGCUCACUGAAGCCCGAGGGUGGGUGUCCCAGUUGUCUUUAAUUCUUUGCUCCAAGAUGACCAGCAUUUCACCAACCCAAGGGGUGUCCCAAAGGCAUGGAUAGCUUCAGGUAGCUGCAGUCUAGGAGAGGGUGAAGGGCGGUCAGACCGGGGAGGGGGCAGGUUUGUAUCUGGUCAGUGCCAACCUGCCCCAGUCAGAGGCGGCCCAAGGCUUCAGUUUUGCCCUGCAAAGUGAAAGCAGGCCUGCACACACUGUCCCUGGGGAGGCUCUGUGGGAUGGUUUCAUUCAAUUAAAUAAAAAAUAUUGAUUGAC